AUGGUAAACGGUUGCUUUAUACACACAUUUUCGUACAAAAUAAUUGUAAAUAGUUAAAAAGGAAAAAAUUAUUACAUAUUUCUAAAACUGUAAAAUGUGAUUUAUAUAUACGAAAAUCUCAAAAGAAAUACUUUCUGCUUUUACGGUUGCGAAAAUUGUGCUACUACCCUUUUCCCAGUUUGUUUUUACUGUGCUUCUAACGUCUGCGUUGGCUUUAAAAGUGUUAUGAAAUAAGUUCUACUUCUUCGAAGGGGAAUAUACUGAAAUAAAUUGGUAUUUGCACGUCAUAUUUGAAGACUAUGAACAAAAGUGUUGAAAACUUAUUACAAAGUGGUGGUGGCGGCGAUAUGUCCUCUGAACGACAAUCGUCAGAAGAUGUACAUGAAUCGACAGCAGAGGAUGCCGGCUUGGAUGCUGGUGAUGAUUUUACUGAUGAUACCAACUUCGAAUCCAACUUACGGAGGCGUAAGGGUAAAAUAAUAUCCUGUGCCAAGGAAACUAUUGAAAAUGCUUCCCGCCAAUUACGCCGAAAAGUGCCCUAUGCCGGUCAUCUUAUGACUCCGCGCCGACUUUGGCUAAAUAAAAUACCCACACUAUGCGAUGUUGUUAUCGAGUUUCCAGAAGAUGCACCUGCUGAGGCGCUUCGAUGGCUCUUAGCUCGAUUACGCUCCCAGCCCCCCUCGGGGCUUGGUUUGGUUGUGCAAGUGAAGGCUCAUGAGAGUACACGGCGGAAUGCAUUCUAUAUUAGUGCGCCCACAAAUGUUUUAUUUAAAGCAGCCGAAGAAGCACGUUUACCGAAGCGUUUACGGCCGGACCUAGGAGGUGCCUUACGAGAAUUCACAACACGAGAAAGUCAUUGUUUUCAACAGCUAAGAACCGAAGAUGGAAGUAAUGCUCUUUUCACCUCACAAGAACGACAAUGGCUCGUAUUGCAGGUAUUGCAAGGCCUUCGAGCCAGUCAAACAGACAUCGAAGCGCUACAAGGACGAGCCGCUGUAGCCGAAGGACAAAGCAUCAUUGCGGCUUGGCAUGAAACUGGAUUGAUUGUGCAGAUUUUUCCAUUACAUGAAACACAUUCAUUGACCCUGCUACAAAAUAGUUGGGUCAAACAAAUUUUUGCUCCUCAGCCUCUUGAUGAUAUUGCUGAAUAUUUUGGGGUGAAGGUAGCAUUAUACUUUGCUUGGUUGGGCCAUUACACUUGCGCCUUGGGAGUGCCGGCCGUCUUUGGUACAAUAUUGUACGGAGCACUUUGGGGAAAAGGACAAACAGCUCAAGACAUGGGACACGUUAUAUUUUCUCUCUUCAAUGUGGCGUGGGCUUCUUUAUAUUUAGAAGCAUGGAAGCGAUACUCUGUGGAGCUUGCCUUUCGUUGGGGUACCUUAUCGACGCCGCCCGAACUCCUGGAACCGCCUAGACCACUUUAUAAGGGUAUUUUAAUUGAAAACAAUUUAACUGGACGUCUAGAACCAAAAGAAGCGCAAGCAUGGAAACGCCGUGCAUUUCGUUACUUAGUCAGUUUUCCAGUUAUCGGAAUGUGCCUAGUGUUAGUUUUCAUUGUUAUGUUCCUGAUGCUACGAUUUCAGGAUUGGCUGGAUCAUAAUAACAUACCUGAUAGAGGAAUUGCUCAAUGCAUGUAUAAUUUGCACAAGGAUUGGUGGGAUUCUAAGCUACCCGAAGAAAGCAUUCUCUGCUGUUUGAGUGUAAUACCAAAGGUUUUAUUGGCUGGUGCAAUAACUCUAAUGGACGAGGCUUAUUACAAAUUGGCUGUUUGGCUAAACGAUCACGAAAACUAUCGGCUUCAAUCGAAAUAUGAAAACCAUCUUAUUGCAAAAGUGGCGCUUUUCCAAUUUGUCAAUUCCUUUUUAUCUUUAUUCUAUAUCGCCUUUUAUUUGCGGGAUGAGGAUAAGCUGAAAGAACAAUUGGCGGGUCUACUAAUUUCAAGGCAAAUUAUUGGUAACCUACGCGAAUCGGCAAUACCGUACUUCAUUGAGCAAUGGAAAUUAGCAAAAUUGAGUUUUAAUAUGUGGGGCGCACUAAGUCCUACUCAGGAUAUCAACCGUACUAUACUGGACUCGGGUGUAUCAACAACAGCAUCGACUACCAGAUCCACAACGACCGAAAAACUAAAAAUGGACACACCACAACAGACACCGACGAGACACGAUGAUGGCAGUCCGUUGACGAGAAUCGCAACAUCCACUAGUAAACGGAAUAUUGGCCAAGCUGAAAUCGAAAGUACACUUUACAAGUAUGAUGGGACGUUCUCUGAUCAUUUAGAGAUGUUGGUGCAGAUGGGUUAUGUAGUGCUUUUUUCGGCUGCGUUUCCACUUGCCGGCGUAUGUGCACUCGUUAACAAUUUGAUGGAAAUACGUUCGGAUGCCUUUAAGUUAGCACAUGUUCACCAGCGACCUUUCGGACAGCGCGUGGCCAAUAUUGGCACUUGGCAAAACGCGUUCAGUAUUCUAUCACUAGCAGCUGUAAUAGUAAAUUGUGCAUUAAUUGGUUUGUCUGGACAAGUAUCGCGUUUGUGGCCUGGCCUUACUACCGCUCAAACAAUAAUCCUAAUUGUCACAUUAGAGCAUAUAAUGUUGGGGUUGCGUUCUGCGCUUACAUGGCUAUUACCAGAGUUACCAUCUUGGUUGGCUGUAGAAAUUGCCCGAGCCGAGCAUUGUCGCAGAGAGAUGCAAUGUAAGGGAACUUCGCCACGGCCUACACCUCCAUCACCCCCUUCGACAGCUUCUACGCAGCCAGACCAAGAUGCCUUGAACUUAGAAGGCACAACUACUAACGACCAGUCAAUGGAAAGCCAAGUAGCUGAGGAUAUCUUAUAUCAGGAACAGUUGCGUCAAACAGCUAAUUACCCACAAAUGGACGAAAUUGUCAAUUUCGGCCUGCAACGCAAUAUAGAAGCGGAUGUUAAUAUAUUCGAGAAUAGGGAUUCAUCACCCGACUCACCGCCAUCACAAACAAGCACUAUACUGAUUAGACCUCUACAUGAAUCCACCCCACCAAACAGUGGCUCAUCAGUUACGAGCUUAAUUCAGGACACUGGCCACGCACACGGCAGCGCAUGUAAAAGUUGUAAGCUGAAAAUGAAAAAAGCGGAAAUACCCCCAUUUCAUGGAUAUUCAGUUCGUAAUUUAAGCUCAAUUCAAUCUAAUCAAAGAUUGCACGCUUUUUCAGGAGCUUCUCUAAGCAGCGCAAGCACUUUGGCUUUAAAUAUUACCCGCCAGCCUAUCCAUAUAUCAGAAAUACCACCAUUCCGGAAAAAAUCAAGUGAUUCUGCUGAACAUACUGGCAGCAGUGCUAGUAGUAGCCCGCAACGCUCCAGACAACCGCAUAUUUCGUCUCCUCCGCCCAUUUUACAGCAACCCACAAAGAUUCCAGAGAUACCACCUUUUAAACAACGCAAAAUCUCAGCUGAAAGUGCCGCACAUAUACAUAUGAGUGACAAACAUACGCUUAAAGCACAUGCACCCGAGUGGAUGUCCCGUUUGAAAGUCAGCGAUAAUAUAAACUUGCAUAGGAGUAUAGAUUGUAUAGCCAAGGAGUUACAAAGUAAUACCGGCACAACGGAUAUUUUAAAGCCUGCACCGUCUUGGAGUAAUGUUGCAAUAAAAUCAUCAACGCAACAGCAAGUAGUUGCCUCUUCAUCUUCCUCAUCUGCUGGGGGAUGUAGUGCAGGCAGUGGCAGUGCUAUGAUUGCAGGGCGUGUGGUCGAUCGAGAACGUCCUAGUGUGGGUGGCAUUUCCAGUACAUCUAUAUCAUCGAUGCAUCUCAAGAAAAACACUGAUAAUUUAAAGGAAUCUACUUCAACAGAAGUGACAGCUUUGAAAGGCAGCUUUAGCGGCACAACUCAAGGCGGUAGCACGGAUGACGAAGCCAAAGCGGCAGAGAUAGCGGCAAAAAAAUCGCGUUUAAAACAAAAACUUGUAAAAAGUGCGAGAUCUGUUGGCAUAUUCUCGCUUAAACUAAAAGAGCGGCGGCAACGUGAAGCAGAGAAAGCAGCUGGUAUUGCGAUCGAACAUGCCAAGGCUUUGGCGAAAUUACCACCCAUGCCACAACCAGGCGGAGAACUUUCCAUAAUACCUAUUGAACAGCUAAUACAAAUCGAAGAUAUUAAACCAACAACAAAACCACAACCCAUCACUUCAGCGGUGCCAGCAACAUUAGCACCAGCAUCUUCGUCUGUAGCAGCAACGUCAUCUCAAAUAAUGACACCAUCAUCAAGCGCAUUGGCUGCGGCAAUGCAGCAAUUUCAAAGUUCAGGAAAUCAUUAAAUAAGAAAAAUAACAUUUCUGUCAUAUAUACAUACAUACGAAAGCACUCGAUACAUUUUUAAAUCAACUGUAAAUACUCAAGAGUACGAAUAUGAACAAAUUUUUAAAACUGUUGUAAAACAAAAGUACCAAUAACGUUUGAAUAUGCAUACAUACAUAUAUUUACUCAAAGGGUGUAUUAACAUCUGCAAAUGCAUAAUGACGCCAUCCACACAGAAGAAGUAUUAUAUAAUAUAAUUAAGCACAAAAUACAAGCUCUUUUACUGUAUUAACGCAAAACGUGCACCAGAAAAGAGACUACGAUAUGUAGUUUUGAGCUGUUGUAGACAAUUUUACAAUUUUUUAUUCUGUGAAAGUUUCCGUAAGCUGGCAUCGAUGGUCACAUAAUUUUUUUAUAUUUUUUGCAAUUUAAAUUUUUUUAUGUUAGAAACUCGUUAAUGGGGUAACAAUAAAGUAAAUCACGAAUCUCAAAGUGUUCCUCACCUAAAAAACUACUAUUCCUGUAUUGACAACAUAUAGGAAAAAUAAGCAAAAGAAAUAUUGUUUUAAAUAAAAUAUGAUAAAGGAAGAUUGGAAAUGUAGAUGUAAAACUCUGGAAAAGCAUUUUGUACGAAAAUAAAUAAAAUGCUAUGCAUGCUAUGGUUCACGGAUUGCACUGCACCACUUUCCACUCCAUGCAAUGCCGCAACAACAAAACACAUGGACGUGUACAAAUUAUAGCACAAAUUGUGUAUAUCCUAUAAAGUUGAAUAUCUUUUCUAAUCUCAUUCAAAGUAUUCACCCUCACCACAUAAAACGUGAUUUUUUGUCAUCUUGUGCAACUAUUCUUUAGAUGCAGUUUUUAUUUUCUCAACUGUAGCGUAAUUUCGUCUUUUCAGGGUGUGUUAAGCUUUGGGACAGAAUUAUAGGGGGCAAGGUCCGGGAAAUUCGGUGCCGGCCGCACAAUUGCUGUUUGUUCUUGGCCAUAUGUGUGAGUGGGGACGUGCUUGUAUCGUUUGCUUUGCUUGAGUUGUGCAUAACUUGCUGGUAAUAUACUUUAUUGACUCUGUGCAAGAACUCGUAAUGUACGACUCCUCGGCAAUGUAAGAAAUCGAUACAUGUGUGUGUGAAUCCUGAUAUUUUUUGCACAGAGUUUAUAUCCUAUUCCCAAACCCAUAUAUAGCGCGCAUUUCACUUUAAUUGGUUCAAAUGUGAAUAAAUAAUCAAAACUAGUGUCGGGAGCAAUCGAACAAAGAACGAAUAGUUGUGUGAAUAAAAUGCAUUUUAAAACUUAUUCUAAUAAUACUAAUCAUGAUCGGUCUUCCGGAUUAACAGAUCUUUAUAUUUAUAUUAAAAAUUUCCAUCAAGACGAUGUAUUUUUCCAAAAAAACAACAAUCUUUUUUUUAACUUU